AUGGCACCAGCGGGUGUUGAUGAACCAAAGCUGGGUUCCCCCAGUCCGCAACAUAAUGGAGAGGAGGAGAAUUCUUCAUCAGGAGCGUCGAAUGCAGCAGACAUGGCAACGCCAAACAAGCAGUCUGACGGCGUGGUUGAUGUUCCAAAUGCAGAGUUGAAGAAGGACGAGCCCCCGCAGGGUUUUGGGGCUUAUGUGAAAUUAUGGUCCUGGUGUGAACCAGUCGACGUAGUCCUUCGGAUUGUUGGCUUUUUCGCUGCCAUCGGAGCUGGAACGGCACUGCCACUCAUGACUAUUGUCUUUGGUAAAUUCGUUGACGUGUUUAAUGACUUUGGUGUCGGGCGUGUUUCCGCGGCUGACUUUCGAAGCCAAGUCUCAAAAAAUGCGCUAUGGUUUGUUUAUCUUUUUAUUGGAAAAUUCUGUCUCGUCUACAUACACACCGUAUGCUUCAACAUCACAUCGAUACGUUGUGUUCGAAAGCUGCGGCUGGAAUAUGUUCGCUCCAUCUUAAGCCAGGAGAUGGCAUACUUUGAUACCUACACACCAGGGUCCGUUGCAACUCGGAUUUCAAACAACGCGAAUCUUAUCCAAGCUGGAAUGGCAGAGAAAGUAGGCACCUGCGUGCAGGGCCUUGCUAUGCUGGUUGCUGCUUUUGUCGUUGCAUUUACUCAGAACUGGAGGUUAACGCUUCCCGUCGCUACUACGGUGCCCACGGCAGUUACACUGGUUGGCAUCACGGUCGUCCUGGAUGCUAAGCUAGAAGCAAAAAUACUGGACAUUUAUUCUAAAGCCGGAGGCCUAGUAGAAGAAACGCUGGGGAGCAUCCGAGUCGUCGUUGCUUUUGGGGCAGGAGACAGGCUACGCAAAAAGUACGACCAUCAUCUCGAAGCUGCAAAGGCAUUUGGUGUCAAGAAGGGCCCUAUUCUCGGCGUACAAUACAGCUCGGAGUUCUUCAUAAUGUACUGUGCCUAUGCCUUGGCCUUUUGGUAUGGUAUAAAGCUUUUGCUUCAGGGAAAAAUAGGAACUGGAGGAGAUAUUCUGACUGUCUUGUUCUCUAUUAUUCUGGGAACUUCAUCACUCACCAUGAUCGCACCUACCAUAGGAGAAUUCACCAAGGCCGGUGCAGCUGCAAAUGAUGUCCUUAAUAUGAUAGAAAGAAAGCCUGAAAUCGACUCGAUGAGCACCGAAGGACAAAAGCCAGAUGGAGUGAAUGGUGACUUGGAAAUUUCCGAUGUCCGUUUCUCGUAUCCUGCACGACCCACCGUCCAAGUAUUAAAUGGAGUCACAUUGAAAAUUCCAGCUCGCAAGGUCACUGCCCUCGUUGGGGCUAGUGGCAGCGGCAAGAGUACAAUAGUCGGAUUGAUUGAAAGGUGGUACGACCCUGCUAGUGGUUCAAUUACCUUAGAUGGCGUUGAGCUUAAGGAUUUGAAUGUCAAGUGGCUUCGAAGUCAGGUUGGGUUAGUUCAACAAGAACCCGUACUAUUCAAUGACACCAUUUAUACCAAUGUGUUGUAUGGAUUACCGCCUGAUGAAAUUGCUAAAUUAGACGAAGAGAAAAGGAGAGAGCUUGUCAGACAAGCCUGCAUCGAAUCCAACGCAGAUACCUUCAUCCAGGGAUUCCCCAAGGGCUAUGAUACCGUUGUUGGGGAGAGGGGCAGUCUCCUUAGUGGUGGCCAAAGACAGAGAGUCGCCAUUGCUCGCAGUAUCAUCUCUAACCCCCCUAUCCUGUUGCUGGAUGAAGCAACCUCCGCCCUUGAUCCCACCGCCGAAGCCAUUGUCCAGGCUGCUCUUGAUAGGGUCUCAAAGACUAGAACAACAAUACUUAUUGCCCACAAGCUGUCGACCGUUAAGAAAGCAGAUAAUAUUGUUGUUAUGAACAAAGGACAAGUCCUCGAACAAGGAACCCACGAUUCGCUAUUAGACGCUAAAGGACAGUAUUGGAAUCUUGUGAACGCCCAAAGUCUCUCUCUUUCAAACGAUGACGCUACCUCCGCCUCCGAAAGUGAAAAGGAGGCCGAUGAACCAACUGAAGCCCUGGAGAAGCAAGUGACAACUAAAUCGAUUCGCAGCAAUAUUCCCAAUGAAGUUAUACCACAGACAGAGGACGUGUCGCGAAAAGUAUCUCUCUUCAGGUGUAUCGUGAAGAUCCUGUAUGAGCAGAGGCGCCACUGGGUAUUUUUCCUCUGUGGAGGUAUUGCCUCUGUGGCCGGCGGCGGUGCAUUUCCUGCUCAAGCAAUCCUCUUCUCAAAAAUUGUUACAAUAUUUCAACUGCCUGAAGACCAGCUACAAGGUCGCGGAAACUUCUGGGCUCUCAUGUUCUUCAUCCUUGCACUUUGCAUCCUAGUCACAUAUGCAUCUAUUGGCUUCUUCUUGACAGUUGCAGCCUUCCGCUCGUCAAAAUUCUACCGAAGCGAAUACUUCAGAGCAAUGAUUUCGCAGGACAUUGAAUUCUUUGAUCAGCCUGAUAAUUCCUCUGGUAGCCUUACGGCGCGUUUAUCUACUGAUCCACAGAAUCUUCAGGAUCUGCUUUCAUCUAAUAUAGGCUUGAUCUUGAUCGUUAUGGUCAGUCUCCUCUCUGUGAUCAUUCUAGCUCUUGCUACUGGAUGGAAAUUGGCUCUCGUUUCUCUCUUCGGUUGUCUCCCUCCACUUUUCUUGGCUGGAUUCACCCGCAUGAGAAUGGAGAUGCAGGCCCAGGAUAAGAAUGCAAAACUAUAUCUGGAAAGUGCUCGGUUUGCGGCCGAAGCCGUUAACUCCAUUCGAACUGUUUCAUCCUUAACACUGGAAUCUACGGUAUACAACAACUAUGGCGACAGGCUAAAAGGCCCAGUGGCAAGAUCUGUGAAGCAUACAAUAAUUUCAAUGAUAUUCUUUGGCCUGUCAGACAGUAUCGACACCGCAGCUAUGGCAUUGGGUUUCUGGUAUGGCGGCAGGCUUAUAUCGUAUGGAGAAUAUACUGCCGAACAGUUUUUUGUGGUUUUUAUUGCGAUCAUCUUCGGAGGACAAUCCGCUGGGAUCAUUUUCGGCUUCACAUUGAAUACGACGAAAGCGCAUGCAGCUGCAAACCAAAUAUUACACCUUAGAAAUCAGGUUGCCCCUAUCAAUGGGUCGACUGGAGAGACUCCUGCAUCCGGCGAGGAUUCCGAUGUAGCAGUGGAAUUCAGAAAUGUGACAUUCAGUUACCCUACUCGGCCUGACCAGCCUGUCCUUCGCAAAAUCAACCUGAAAAUCCUUCGGGGUCAAAAUAUUGGUCUUGUUGGGCCUUCAGGGUGUGGGAAAACGACCAUGAUCGCCCUGCUUGAACGUUUCUAUGAUAUUACAUCAGGAGAUAUCCUUAUUAAUGGCAAACAUCUGACUGAGAUCGAUGUAACCAAAUAUCGGGAGACAGCCAGUCUUGUGUCGCAGGAGACAACACUAUAUCAGGGUACAAUUCGUGAAAACAUUCUGCUCGGCGUUACCCGUGAUGUGCCCGAUGAGGAGAUCUUCCAAGCUUGCAAGAAUGCAAAUAUCCACGAUUUCAUCAUCUCCUUACCUGAGGGCUAUAAUACCGAGGCCGGAUCCCGCGGUCUUUCAUUUAGUGGGGGUCAAAGGCAACGUCUCGCCACUGCGAGGGCGUUGCUUCGAAAUCCUGACUUCCUUUUCCUGGAUGAAGCGACAAGUGCGCUUGAUACUGAGAGCGAGCGUGUUGUGCAAGCUGCGCUUGAACAUGCGAAAAAGGGGAGAACAACUAUUGCUGUUGCCCACAGGCUUAGCACUGUCCAAGAUUGUGAUGCAAUUUUUGUGCUUGAAGCCGGCAAAAUUGUCGAACGAGGGACGCAUCAAGAUUUACUGAGGAUGAAAGGUAGAUAUUUUGAAAUGUGCAAGGCGCAGAGCUUAGACCGCGAGGCGUGA